GCGGUAAGAGAUCGGUAGGCGGGUUUCUAUCAGCUGAACUAUUUUACCUCGUCGGGCUACCGUAGUAGAAGACAGAGAGCCAUGUGAGCCGGCUGCUGGGAUGGAGACACAGAACAUUACGAUGGCAGAAGGACUGCCCAGUGAUGUGAAGGGGGCGGUACUGAUGCCCAGCGAUUCCAUACCUGAAGGCACGCCCCAGGUCAGAGGUUAUGACUUCAAUCGGGGGAUCAACUAUGAGGCUCUGCUACAGAGUUACAUGACCACUGGAUUCCAGGCCCUGCACUAUGGCCAGGCUGUACGGGAGGUCAACAACAUGAUAGAGACAAAGCUUUCAUCCCCUGGAGGAUGUGUCAUCUUGCUGGGAUACACUUCCAAUCUGAUCAGCUCUGGUGUACGAGAGAUCAUCCGGUAUUUAGCAGAACACAGCAUGAUUGAUAUUAUUGUAACAACAGCAGGUGGUAUAGAGGAGGACUUGAUAAAAUGUCUUGCACCCACAUAUUUGGGGGACUUCAGCCUAAAGGGAUCAGAUUUAAGGCCAAAGGGCAUCAACAGGAUUGGUAAUCUUCUUGUUCCGAAUAAUAAUUACUGUCUGUUUGAGGACUGGAUCACCCCUAUACUGGACCAGAUGGUGCUAGAACAAGACACAGAGGGGACUAAGUGGACACCAUCAAAGAUGAUUGCUCGUCUAGGAAAAGAAAUUAAUCACCCAGACUCUGUAUAUUACUGGGCGUAUAAGAACAAUAUCCCUGUGUACAGUCCGGCACUGACCGAUGGCUCUUUGGGUGAUAUGCUUUAUUUCCACUCCUACAAGAAUGCUGGCUUAAAGCUGGACAUUAUAGAAGAUAUCCGCAGUCUGAAUUCCUCGGUGGUAUUUGCCAAGAAGACAGGAAUGCUCAUUUUGGGAGGAGGAUUAGUUAAACACCACAUUUGCAAUGCUAAUCUCAUGAGGAACGGUGCAGAUUAUGCCGUGUAUAUCAACACAGCUCAGGAAUUUGAUGGUUCGGAUGCUGGUGCCAGACCUGAUGAAGCGGUGUCGUGGGGGAAGAUUCGCAUGGAUGCCAACCCUGUCAAGGUCUAUGCAGAUGCUACCUUGGUAUUUCCUCUGUUGGUGGCCCAGACGUUUGCCCAGAAACACACAGAUUUCACAAACAAGCAGAAAGACCAGGAUCCAUAAGAUGGAGAAAUGUACACCUCUGAGAAUCUCUCUCCUGCUCAUAAAGCAUGCUGGUUUUCUGGGUGCUGCUACCUUUUACCCAGGUUUUACCUUCGUUUUUUUUUUUUUACCAGUUCUUAGUAGCAGCAGGGCUUCUGCAGCAUGCAUGUAAAUAUAUAAAUUUUAUGUAUCCAUGUAGAAAAUAUAUAUGUAAAUAGAUAUGUAUAUAUGGUGGUCUACAGUCGAGCAACAAACUUUAAUUCCCAGCAAGCUCUGUGACUGGGAAUGCUUGGACUAUUAAGUCCAUUAGUGGAAGUUUUAUUAAAAUGGGAAAGCUAGUUACAACUGUCAUUACACCAAGUCAAGCAAAGUUUUAUGCCCACUGAUUUAGCACUUUAAAAAGCUAUAGGAAACCUGUACUGGGAUAAUAUAGAGAAGCCCUUCAACCUUAAGCCCAGGUUCACACUGGGUACGAUUUUUGCUUCGCUUUGAGAUGUGAUUUCACA